AAGUUAACAGUCCACACGCACACCGCACACCCAUUCGACUGACGACAUGACCCGCCGCCGCCCCCGUUCACGCCGCGCCGCGCCACCGGCGGCGCUGGAAGACGACGACCUCCUCUGGAAGAUUUUCCUCCUCCUUCCCCCUCAGCCAUCUACCUUGCCCCGCAUCUCCGCCGUCUGCAAGCAGUGGCGCAGCGUCGUCACCGACCCCCGGUUCCUCCGCGGCUUCCGCGACCACCACCGGAUACCUCCGGUCCUCGGCCUCGUCAUGGGGUACACCGGGCACCCCUUCUUCAGGUCCAAUCUCAGCUCUCCAGAUCUCAUCCCGCAUGAGUGCUUCUUUCCUCCAGACAUCCUCAAUCACUACUAUAUGGAGUUGAUGGGCUGCCGCCAUGGGCGCGUCCUCUUUUUUGACCGGAGGCUGCUUAAGAUCAUGGUGUGGGACCCAGCCACCGGAGACCGCUGUCGUGUGGCCGUCCCACCAAGGUUCGACGACAAGGAGAUUGUCAUCUUCAACGCCGCGGUGCUUUGCGCUGCCAGCGACGAAGGUCACGUCCAUGGGGAUUGCCACUCGAGCCCCUUUCAGGUGAUCUUGAUAGGCAUCCACUUAGAAGAAAAUCGAGCAUUUCCCCCGAUCCACUCAUCGAUCUACUCAUCCGAGACCAGAACAUGGGGGGAUGUCAUCUCAACAGUAGGAAUUCAGUAUACCAAUACGUAUGAUAUGAGUGGUAUGACUGGUCCGGCUACCCUUGUUGGGAAUUCUCUCUAUUGGUUGUUUGAUGGAUAUGAGGAUGGCAUGCUUAUAUUUGAUUUGGACAGACAGAGCCUAGUUUGUAUCGAGAUGCCGGAUUUGUUGCACUAUAGUUGCUGGAGCAGCUUUCAGGUCAUGCCGACGGAUGACAACACUAGCAGUAUUCGCCUUGCUAUUCUGGAAUACCAAAAAUUUGAAAUGUGGGAGAGGAAGGUCGACUCUGAUGGUGCUGCUGGAUGGGUGCUGCAGGAGACCUUUCAAAUGUACACGAUCCUCGGUCUGGGGCGUAUGGGGGGAAGAGAAAAUCUGAUAUUGGGAUAUGAUGAAGAUGAUCAUGUGAUUUAUGUAAGGACAGACAUUGGUGUCUGCAUGAUUCAACUCGAGACAAUGCAGUUCAAGAAUCUUGGUAAAGAUAAUUUCACGACCACCACCUAUUAUCCCUACAAAAGUUUCUAUACUGCAGUGAGUGACUUGUCAGUAUGCAAGAGAAGAGUUGGUUGCCUCUCCAAACCUCUAGUGAAUGAUGGCAGCAGUAUGACUCCCCCUUCAAGGGGAGUAGGAGUGGUAGGAUGCAAUGACGCAGCUACCUCGAGUGGAACUGUACUGAAAGGAGGAGCGUUUGACAAGUCAAAGCACGGAGCUAAAGUAAUGGAUGCGGAUCUUGUGCCUAGCCGGGUUCUAACACAAACUCGAGUCGACGUGAUAUUCAAGAAAGAGAUGGAGACAAGAUCAAAACUUAGCAAAGCUUGGGCAAAAUGGUUUCGCAGCAAUGGCAUUCCUGAAAGUAAGGCUGACUGCCCACACUUCCGCAGUGCUAUGAAGUUGACACAGCAGCUAGGUACCCGCUUGCCUGUUCCUACAGGUGACGAACUAGGUGGCGUAAAUCUGGACGCCAAUGAGGAAGAACUUCCAUAAGUACAUGCGAAUGUGAACUACUUGCCAUGGACUGAUGACUCCUGCUUUUGUAAUCAGGUGUAGGGUUAGUUCAGUACUACCUGAUGAACUGCACCGAGUUCUUCCGAACCCUGUACUUAUGAUUUUAUGAACUUUGAUCUAGUGAUGUUGAGUUGCUGAGA